AUGUUCGGCCCACCAUGGGGCCGCAAUCCUCGCGAUGCUUUCAACCCAUCAGACUUCGACUACCUCAAUCCCCGCCCUCGAGAUCGGCACUCUCGCUCUGGACGCCACUCCCCACCACCACGCUCAUUCCCCGUUCCAAUGCCUACCCCAACCUCCUUCACAUCGUGCCCCAACCCUCACCCCCGCAGCCCCAGAUCAUCCAAGCCUUCAAGGCACCCAGUACCUUUCUCCGACUUCGCAUCGCGUACGAGCUCAGACUCCACCUCCUCGGACUGGGACUGGGACGAGACGUACACGCUAGACACCUCGGAGUUCGCCCGCAUCCCAGGCCUCUCCUCGCGCAAUCGGCAUCCGCCUGCUCCCGAGUUCGAGAGCGUCGCGGUGACCUUGCCGCGCCCCAUGGCGCAGGAGCUGAGACAAAGCAGCGACCGAGUCCUGUUUCUGCCGCCGCUGGUGCAUCUGCGCAUCCGCCUCUCGCUGCCCCAGCGCGGUUGCGAGGACCUUGGCGUCUCGGUGCCUGGCUGCAUGGGGUUCGAGGACAUGACGAAGCAAAUCGUGCAAUGCCACGCCGGGCCGCGGAUGCGCUACUCGGCGCUCGUAGAGCAGCGUGGGUGCAUGGUGGAGCCGCCGCGGGAGGCUGCGUUGGAGGAUCUAGCGCACAGGGGCGAGGUGUACAGGAAUGGACGGCGGGAGAUGGCGGUCGAGAUUACUGUCGCUGACGACGGUGGGGAUUGGAGGGAUGUGCGGACGCCGUUUGGAGGGAGAGGACCGAGAGGGGGGGACGCGGAGGUGGAGACUGUCAGGAAGAGGGAGGUGUUGAGAACCGUCUUCACAUUGUGCGCGGAUAUCACAAGCGCACAGACAAGCAGUUUGGACUGCUGA